CAACUGCUUUUCAAGCUCAGCGAAGUCUCCCAUACAGGAAUCCCUGCGACAUGCUUUAGACUAUUUCUCCUCAAGUCCCCGAGUCCAUAUGAUUGGAAGAAAAUGUAUCAACACGGCAAAAUCGGCAGGCUGCAGGCGUGGAGUUCCUAUAUAGGCAGCACCCUUGCCUGGGCCAAGAAACUACUUAUAUAAGUCCAAUGAAGGCCCAGGACUUGACACGAACAACUGAUUGAUUGAUUUACCUGUCCAUGUCUAGCUGCUCCCGGGAACCUGCUGUUCUUCCUCGAAGCCAUCAUGUGUGGAAUCUCAGCAGUUCUCAGUCUCAGUGAAGGUAGUAUCUGCCCUCAAGCUCUAGCUAGUCAGAUGAAUGAAAGCCUGCAGCUGAUUAAGCACCGUGGUCCUGAUGCAAGAGGCCAGUGGCUCAGCUCAGAUUAUCGUGUGGGCCUUGGACAUGCCCGAUUAUCAGUAAUUGAUCUCAACCCCGCCGGUAACCAGCCUUUCCACGAUCCUGAAGGCACCGUUCAUGCGGUCGUCAACGGAGAAAUAUACGACCACAAGAAGUACCGCGCGAAGCUCGCCCAUCAAUAUGAGUUCAGGAGCAAUAGUGAUUGCGAGAUUGUUACUGCUCUAUAUCGACAUUACGGUAUCUCUUUUCUCAACAAGCUGCGAGGGGAAUUCGCCCUCGUUCUCUGGGACGCAAAACGGAAGCUGUUUCUCGCCGCUCGGGAUCGCUACGGUAUUAAAUCACUGUACUAUACUGUGGUAAACAACAGAUUAUUGGUGGCGACUGAGAUAAAAUCAUUCUUGCCAUUUGGAUGGCAGCCUGAAUGGUCCAUUGAGAAUCUCCUCAGAAAGGGUUGGUUGUGGGACACCGAGAUGUACUUCAAGGGAGUACACCGGUUAGAGCCGGGUCAGUACAUGGUCAGUCAGAACUAUAAAUUCCCAGUGGUGAAGACGUACUGGGAUAUGGACUAUCCAGACAAGAGAACACCUUUCCCACAGACCGAAGAACAGAUAGUCCUCGAGCUUAGAAAACGCAUGCUAGAAUCAGUGAGGCUGCGGCUCCGAGCCGAUGUAGGGGUCGGAUUCUAUCUUAGUGGCGGGCUAGACUCUUCUGCUAUUGCAGGGAUGGCGAAAUACCUUAUACAGCAGGGUGAGCCUCUAGGAAACGACUCUAGUGGAGACAUCUCAAAGAUGAGCUGCUAUACAAUUCGAUUUGGGGAGGGUAGCGGAGUGGAUGAGUCUGGUAUAAAGGAUACCUUUGUCCCGGAAGUGAGCGACCGUCGUCUAACGAAAUCCGAGCUGUACCCUGUGACAUUGACCGAGGAAGAUAUCGCUUCCAGAUUCGAGGAUACAGUUUGGUAUACUGAGACACCAAUCCCAGACGUCAACGGGAUGGGCCGAGUUGCUGUGGGAGAGUUGGCCCAUUCGCAUGGAAAGAAGGUCAUCCUCACAGGAGAGGGCUCAGACGAGCAUUUCGGCGGCUACCCGGAUAUGCUGUCGAAGAUGUUUGUCGAGCCGGACCUCUCAUGGCAUCCACCUCCAUUCAAGAUGCCUAAUAGCUCGAAAGUAUUCGAAGCUGGAAGGGAGGCUGUACCUGCCGCAGUUGAAUCACUAGCGUCAACAAAGCGGAUGCUCAACAAUUCCUCGAUAUUCGCCCGUGUAGACUCAUUCUACAUGUUUCCAUUGGCUUCAGCGACAGUAGAGAGCGAAGAACCUGAUCCAGAAACGGCAUUCGCAGAGAGUCUCGGCGCACAGACUCUUUCUAACAUCUCGGAGAACUGGCACCCUCUGAACUCAGCAAGCUACCAGUGGACCAAAUCCAUCCUUGCAAAUUACAUACUCCGCUACAUAGGAGACGGCGCUGAUAUGGUGUAUCAGAUUGAAACGAGACCCCCUUUCCUAGAUCAUCACGUUACGGAAUAUGCAAACCGUAUACCUCCGAGUCUGAAAAUCCGGUAUGACCCUGUCAAGAAUGACUUGCGGGAGAAAUACAUUCUCCGUGAGGCCAUGAGGCCGUUCAUUACAGACGAGGUCAUGAACCGCACGAAGCGUGCAUACCUGGGCCCUUCAAACUAUAGAGAGGACGGGCCGCUGCAUCGAGUUGUAAAAAGCUUACUCACUGAAGAUAAUGUCAACAAACUCGGGUUUGUGGACUGGGAUCGGUUACAAGAGCAUAUUGUCAAGGGCUUUCGAGACGGCGAUCCGCGUUAUUUCCGCAGCUCGCUCUUUGUGGCUCAGCUCGUGGUCUUGUCGCAACGGUUUGGCGUCAAAGUAGCUACGACGACGGACGCGCUGCCCGUGACAUCUGAGAUUCUAGAUCGUACUCAGAACAACGACAAUAUGACCACAGUCCAGGACAGAAGUCGCCUAUAGCGGCUGCAGAGGUCCGUUUUUGAAACACGUCUCAGCUCUGUUUCUUCAAAAUAUGACCUUGCUAUAAGCGGAUCAUCUUUAGAUCGCUCUUGACAUUCACCUAGCCAGCUAGCCGGGCUUUAGGGAGGCAACAGGAUCUCGUCGCGUCUUUAGAACUAGUCACAUCUCGUGUAGCCUACAUCGUAUGCCGGUCAAGUUUUAGGCUUCAUCUUGAU